UAUAAAAUGACGUAGCCAUGCAUUAAUUCACUACAUAAACUGUGUUCAGAUUUGAUUUAAUCUACAAUCGUUUUCUUCACUCAGGUUGUUGCAGAAAGAAAGAUGGACCGUAAUGAUGAGAGAAUCAAAAGAGCUUUAAGACGCCGCCCUUAUGUGUUGAAACCAGUGAGGGUGAACACCCCUGAUUCCGUGUUGUGGCCAACCGGCAAGGUGCACAGAAGGCCAAAGCCUUCUACUUCAGUGCAGACCCCUCAGAUCCACAAAAGGCCUCCAAUCAUUGUGAGCUAUGGGCAGGACCAAACAUCUGGGGAUGGAUGGAGCAUCAAUCCAGAGCCUCUCAGCCAGUCUGGAAGGGUGACUCGGCUGAUAGAGAGAAAAUAUGAUGUGAUCUCAUCUUCCAGUUCUGAUGACUUUUCCAUCUACUCCUUCACUGACUGUGAAUCGGAGUGUGAUGAUGAGGAUCAUGAAAGGAGGACACCACCGCUGAAAGUUGAGGAUGGAAAAGUGACCAAGCUUGACGUGAGGGUUAUGGACGAGGAUGAUGAUCUGUCUCUCCACUCCUUCGAUGAGUCAGACUUCCUGAGCCCAGGGAAGGACUCAAGUCCUGUAUCUGUCAAGAAUGGUCUCUCUCCUCUUGUGACCUCAGCACACCGGAACCUGGCUGAAGCCCUACGGGCCCUGCCCUCUGCUGUAGGCUCUCCCUACCCAGUAAACGUCCCAAGGCCUCUGACUCCUCUCAGCCCUGUCAUUAUCGCUCCGCCCCGAACAGAGAACUUCCCAUACCGCCACAGCCCUCGCCUGGCUCCCAUCACCAGCCUGAGCGAGUCCGGCAGGAAGCUGCUCCAGGAAAUUGCUGGAGUGGCCCCACAGGAAGGGAAGGUCAAUAAGAAAAACAAGGGCAAGGCCAAAAAAGUAGUGAAGCAAGAGAAGGCCAGUAAGAUGCAACAGAUGGGAAAUGUUGGAGAAAGUAAGGAGGAGGACAAGAAAGAGGAAAAGAAGAGUCUGGGGAAGAGGCUUGGAAAUAUAUCCAGGAGAAGCAGGGUCAACACCUCUACACAUGUCAUAAGUGCCAUGACAUCUUUAGUAACCACAGAGAGAUAAGACCUCUGUCUCCACAGUCUCAUCCAAAGGACAGCACCAACCUUAGGGCAGUGUCACUGGUAUCCUUGGGCCAAAGUGAAGAGGUGAGGGCCCCUUACUGGUCUCCUUGCAAUAUCUGGUCUCCCACACAGAGAUGGAAAUCUACACCUGUUUAGACCCUGGAGGAUAUGGCUUCAGAUGAAAGACAGCAGAGAGAUGCAGAACGUAGAAGCUUCAAACACUGUGAUAUGCAAAUUCAGGACCAUUGUACACUGAAGUGGAGCAUGCAUCUGGUCUGAAGCAUGUCAAAAGAGUGCAAAUGAACUGGGACUGGAGGACUGCAUCAUAUUUAAACUAAAUUAGCAUGUAUCUGAUUUAGCUACACUGAUCUGUACUUGAAUUGUGCUGUUUGAAAUGUGUAUUUCCAAUAAAGCUUUUUAAAUUGCAA